AUGCAGUCUUCCCCUGGCAUGUUGACUAAGUUUGAGUCGAAGUCAUCGAGGGCUAAAGGCAUUGCCUUCCACCCUAAAAGACCAUGGAUCCUCGUUGCGCUUCAUUCAUCCACAAUCCAGCUAUGGGACUACCGAAUGGGUACACUGAUCGAUCGUUUCGAAGAGCAUGAUGGACCCGUUCGAGGCGUGGACUUCCACAAAACGCAACCACUUUUCGUGUCUGGUGGCGACGAUUACAAGAUCAAAGUCUGGUCAUACCAGACCCGACGGUGCCUCUUUACUUUGAAUGGUCAUCUUGACUACGUUCGCACUGUAUUUUUCCAUCAUGAGCUGCCAUGGAUCCUGUCAUCAUCGGAUGACCAAACCAUACGAAUAUGGAAUUGGCAGAAUCGUUCUCUGAUCUGUACCAUGACUGGCCAUAAUCACUAUGCUAUGUGCGCUCAGUUUCACCCGAAAGAAGACCUCGUGGUCUCGGCUUCUCUCGACCAGUCCGUGCGAGUUUGGGAUAUUUCAGGUCUUCGAAAGAAGCACUCUGCCCCUACGUCAAUGAGCUUCGAAGAUCAAAUGGCGCGUGCGAACCAAAAUCAAGCAGACAUGUUCGGCAAUACCGAUGCUGUCGUUAAAUUCGUACUGGAAGGGCAUGACCGUGGAGUCAACUGGGUCGCUUUCCACCCUACCAUGCCGCUCAUUGUAUCUGCUGGAGAUGACCGUUUGGUUAAACUCUGGCGCAUGAGUGAAACCAAGGCAUGGGAGGUUGAUACCUGCAGAGGCCAUUUUCACAAUGCCUCUGGUUGUCUGUUCCAUCCGCACCAGGACUUGAUUCUCUCAGCUGGCGAGGACAAGACAAUCAGGGUCUGGGAUUUGAAUAAACGCACUGCCGUCCAGUCAUUCAAACGAGAAAAUGACCGGUUCUGGGUUAUCGCAGCACAUCCUGAGAUCAAUCUUUUUGCUGCGGGUCAUGAUAAUGGUGUAAUGGUGUUCAAGCUGGAACGUGAACGGCCUGCCUCUGCGACACAUCAAAAUAUGCUCUUCUACAUUACCAAGGAGAAACAUAUCAAGUCUUAUGACUUUCAAAAGAACGUCGAAAGUCCAACACUUUUGUCACUGAAGAAACUUGGUAACCCGUGGGUAACUCCUCGCACCCUGUCAUACAAUCCUGCCGAGAGGUCCGUACUUGUGACGACUCCCGCAGAGGGAGGCUCCUAUGAACUUGUCAAUCUGCCAAAGGAUGGUUCUGGCGCCAUUGAACCAACUGAGUCAAAGCGAGGUUCGGGCAACUCUGCCAUUUUUGUCGCAAGAAAUCGCUUUGCCGUCCUGGAUGUUUCGACUCAAACUAUUGAUAUCAAGGAUCUCUCCAAUAAUACCACUCGUUCCUUUAAGCCUCCCAUUGGAACCAGUGAUAUUUAUUUUGGAGGCACUGGAAAUCUGCUCAUCAUCACACCAACAGCAGUCCAUCUCUAUGACAUUCAGCAGAAGAAAAGCAUCGCUGAGCUUGCAGUCAAUGGUGUGAAGUAUGUUGUCUGGUCUAAUGAUGGGCUUUACGCUGCGCUACUUAGCAAGCAUAAUGUUACGAUUGUUACCAAGGCUCUUGAGCAAGUCAGUACGCUUCACGAAACGAUUCGCAUAAAGAGCGCAACAUGGGAUGAUGCCGGCGUGCUUCUCUACUCCACACUAAAUCACGUCAAGUACACUCUGUUGAAUGGCGAUAAUGGUAUCGUGCGGACUUUGGACCAAACCGUCUACCUGGUUCGAGUCAAGGGCCGGAAUGUUUACUGCUUGGACCGAGCGGCAAAACCACGAAUCCUUCAAAUUGACCCGACCGAGUACCGAUUUAAGCUUGCAUUGAUCAAACGGAAUUAUGAAGAAAUGCUGCAUAUCAUUCGCAACUCCAGCUUGGUGGGACAGUCUAUCAUCUCGUAUCUUCAAAAGAAAGGUUACCCCGAAAUUGCCUUACAAUUCGUGCAAGACCAAACUACCAGAUUUGACCUCGCCAUUGAAUGCGGUAACUUGGAUGUGGCUGUUGAGAUGGCCAAGGCCUUGGAUAAGCCCAAGUUUUGGGCUCGGCUAAGUGCCGAGGCCCUUGCACAUGGAAAUCAUCAGAUUGUUGAAAUGUGCUACCAAAAGCUGAAGCAGUUUGACAAGCUGUCAUUUUUGUACUUGGCUACAGGUGACCACUCCAAGCUUGCUAGGAUGGCCAAAAUUGCAGAGCAUCGUGGUGAUUUUACUUCUCGAUUCCAAAAUGCCUUAUACCUGGGCGAGGUCGAAGAUCGAAUUCAAAUGCUCAAGGAGAUAGACCUCUACCCUCUCGCUUUUAUGACUGCGAAGUCAAAUGGACUUGAUGACGAAUGCCAGUCGAUUUUGGAAGCUACUGGCGCCACAGAAGACCAGCUGACCAUGCCAAAAUUGGGCGUGCCAUUGAGUACGCCAAAACCAGUUGUGCCGACGUUCAAGGCCGUCUGGCCCACAAAGGCUAGCUCGCAGUCAUUCUUUGAGAAGGCAUUACUUGGGCAAGUUGAGGGUCUCUCUCUAGAUGACGAACCAAGCACGGCUGAGCGAAUGGCUCUCGAUGAAGAGACCGAGGCUGAUGGCACACUGAAGCGAAAUGGUGGCUUGGCUGAUGAGGAUGAUGAAGAUGCGGCUGGCUGGGACAUGGGCGACGAUGAUGUCCCCGAGGUUGAUAGUGACUUUGUCAACGUGGACAGUGCUGACGCCGGUGGUGCAGGUAGCAGUGAAGCAGACAUGUGGGCACGAAACUCUCCACUAGCAGUUGACCAUGCAGCGGGAGGAUCGUUCGAAUCUGCCAUGCAACUCUUGAAUAGGCAAGUCGGGGUAGUACACUUUGCGCCGUUAAAGAGUCGAUUUUUGGAAGUAUAUCAAGCGUCCAGAAGCUUCCUCCCAGCCUCCUCAGGGCUAGCGCCGUUGGUCAAUUAUGUAAGGCGAACUGUUGACGAAACCGACCCUCGCCAAGUUCUUCCGAUUGUUCCACGAGACUUGGAGUAUCUUGCUACGAAUGAUCUUCAGAGUGGAUACGACUCUAUGAAGGCAAAUAGGCUGGAGGACGGCAUCAAAAUAUUCAAGCGCAUCUUGCAUACCAUUCUUGUCAACGCCGUUUCAAGCGAGGCUGAGGUGGCCGAGGCAAAAAAGCUUAUCACCUCCGCCAGUGAAUAUACCGUGGCAAUGGACAUUGAGCUGGCGAGGAGGAAACUAGGAGCCGCCGAUGUUGUGAUCCAGGAUCCGGCGAAGCUCAAAAGAAGCCUGGAACUGUCUGCGUAUUUCACUAUCCCUAAGAUCGAGGUACCACACCGACAGUUGGCCCUCCUUAGCGCAAUGCAAUUGGCCGUCAAAAACAAGAAUUACAAUUCCGCAUUGAGCUUCGCAAAUCGAAUCAUCGCCAAUGGUGGCUCGACUAAGAUUGUGGAAAAUGCCCGAAGAACCAAAACACAAUGCGAGAGGAACCCCAACGAUGCCGUCGAUAUCGAGUUUGAUCAGUUUGCUGAAUUUGAGGUUUGUGCGGCCAGCCACACGCCAAUUUACAGCGGCACAUCGUACGAAGUGUGUGCUUUUGAUGGCUCUAAGUAUCAUUCGAAAUAUAAGGGUACUGUAUGCCGUGUAUGCGAAGUUUGCGAGAUUGGCAAACAUGGUAGCGGCCUGAAACUAUUUGCAUAG